UCUCCUUGUGGCUGCAGUCCUGUGUGCAUUUAUAACGUAUCUACAAUACCAAAAUCAGUCAUAUCUACGUGUCCACAAUGGCAAACCUACCGUUGGGAUAGACAAGAGCAGCCUGAGGCUAUCCAUAUGGCUCCUGAUCUCAAAGGCCCCAUAGGAAUCUCAUAGGUUCUUACACCCACCACUGUUAAGCGCACCAGUAGUUUAGCAGGGUCUCCUUUUAUUACAUGCUCAGUCUUCAGUCCUAUGCACAAUUACCUGGUGUGAAUAAGAGACCUAGAUACCAUCCACGCUAGACUUUCCCCCUGUUAUUGUACCAUCCUCCUCACUCUGAACCCAAAAAGCAAAACUUGUGUUCCCAUCAUUUCCACUACUUUCUUCUGAUAUUUACCUGACCUGAUUUGUGAUGGUUUUUCCUUCUCUGUGCUGUCAUUGCAUAACUAAUUCCAGUGUGGACAAGUGACAUGGUCUUGUUACACCUGAAUUGUGGGAGUGGUUUAGCCCAAACAACCCAUUUGACAUCCUUUCUGCCUCACCUCCACCUUUUGCAUCAUUUCCCACCAUUUUAUGUUCUUUGUCUUCCAUGGCUUCAGCCACCUCACCUCUGGCAACAUGUCCCCGUUUUUUGAGCAGACAGUUUUCACUUUGAAUUUUUAUUUCUCUGGGAGGGUUUUGCCACCUUGAGAGGGCUUUUCCCUGAAAGGCAGCCUAAAAGUAAUUUUAAAUAAACAUAAUUUUGUAGUUGUUUUUUCUCCCUGGGGUUAUUUCAAGUGCACAUCUAUGCAGCUGUGCCCAUCACAACAUACUUGUUUUCAUUAUUCCCCCACACAAACACACACAUCUCUCCCACUGAGCUACAGAAGAAGGAGGGAAGGAGGAUUUGGGGGAAAGUUACCAUACUUGCUGUUGUGUUUUGCUAAACACAGGAGCUUUUUUCCCAUCAAAGACUUCCAGUUGAAAGUCACCUUUAGGGGGGGGAACAAAACAGUGGUUUUUUGUAGUGCUGUGCUCCUCUCCGUUCCGGAUCCCUGGAUCUGGAGUGGAUCAGGCCGAUCUGGACCCCCUAAAUUCACAUCCGAAUUGGGUUGGGGGAGGUCCAGAUUGGUUCAGAUUGAUCCAAACCGAUCCAGAGCUCCGGACGCCAUUUUGGGUCAAACCGCAUUUUUUUUCAUUGACUUGCAUUGGCCUAAAGCAAUACCUCUAACUUUUUAUUUUUAUAGCUAGAAACAUGAAAGUUGGUGAGCUUACAGAUACCUUGGAGAUACUUACGUGUGCCCAAUGUUAGACAGAUCUGUACAUCGGUUUUCUUGCAAUUAUUUUUAAAAAAAAUGUGAUUUCCAGUCAAUUAAAAGUGCUAUAACUUCCACAUUUUUCAAGAUACACACAUGUAACUUUGCAUUGUGAUAGAACCUACACAGGGCUUUAGGCAUGCCAAUUUUGAAGCAAAUAGAUUCAUCCACUGAUUUUUAGGAAUUUUUUAAGGUUUUACUCUCAAACCAUCCUCCCAUUUACAAAAAUGCAUUCAUCUCCGUCAUUUUUCAAGAUGUAACUGAACAACAUGAUAGCUUGUAAAUAGGAAUUUAGACAUGCCAAUGUUGAAGCAUAUCAGUUCAUCCCCUGACUUUUUAGGAAUGUUUUAAAGUUUGAGAUUUUAAAAUUCUUAUUUUUAAAAUGUGCUGUCUUUUUUCAAGAUACACACAUGUAACUUUGCACCUUGAUAGAACCUAAGUAGGGCUUUAGGCAUGCCAAUAACGAAGCACAUAGGUUCAUCUGCUGAUUUUUAGGAUUUUUUUAAAAAAUUACUAUUUCCCUCUUCACAAAAAUGCAUUCAUCUCCGUCAUUUUUAAAGGUAAAGAGAGGAAACUCAGCACUAUGUUAGCAUCUACAUAGGCCCUUAAGCAUGCCAACAUUGAUCACAUGUUGUCACACUCUUUUGCAAUGCAGUGCUUUUUUAGAGAACUUUAAAAAAAAAGCAAAGGUUGAUUUGAUUUAACAAACAGAGACUUUGGUAAUAUCCAAUUUCUGCAGCUUGCUUCAUCUGAUCUUUUCUUCAACAAUCCUUGCUUCCUGUUUGGCAGGUGAGUUUAGGGUAAGGGAGUGGAUUCCGGGGGAGCUCCCACAGUCAGAGUGAAACCAGAAUGCAAUAAAUUCCUCUUUGGAGAGAAGGGAUAGUAAGAGAAUCUGAUCUUGCUAAAUCAUACAGAGAGAGAACCUGUGUAAGUGUUAAAAGUGGGGUGGCUGGUGAAGAAGAGACUUAUACUAGAAAAAGGAAGCAAGCCCUGAUCUCAUCCUGAGAUAUGCAUCUUCAUUCCUUCUACAUCCUUGUGCUGGGAGUGUCCUUGGUGAGAACGUCAACACCUGAGCCAUGCAGAUGUGAAGAGAAAGUGAAUUCCUGCAUGGUUGUCACUGGAACUAAUGGACUGCCAGGCACCCCAGGGAGCAAUGGAUUACCAGGAAGAGAUGGGAAGGAAGGUCCUCGGGGUGAAAAAGGAGAGCAAGGAUUACGAGGGAUUCAGGGGCCCCCAGGAAAGGCUGGGCCUCCUGGCUCUAAAGGAGAUCAAGGGGAAAAAGGUCCCAGAGGUGACAGUGGCAGCAGAGAACUUGAGCUUCUUAAAACUCACGUUAAUGAUUUGCAAGCAGAGCUGAAGGCUUUUCAACAGAAUGCAAGAGCAACCCAGAGAGCCAUUCUAGGUCAUCUUUUCCCAAACAGCACAAGAGCAGGAGAGAAAAUAUUUGUUUCCAAUGGUGCUGAAGGUGAUUUUGAGACUUCCAAAGCAUUAUGUUACCGUAUUGGUGGCCAGAUUGCUUCUCCAAGGAAUGAAGAAGAAAACAACGCCAUACUGAAUCUUGCUGCAAAGCAGGGAAAGUUUGUAUUUCUUGGAAUGAAUGACCAGGAGACAGAAGGAGUCUUUAAGCAUCUAAAUGGCGACCCAAUGGAAUACUCAAACUGGGCAAAAGGUGAACCCAAUGGAGUACAUGAGGACUGCAUAGAGCUGUAUAUGGAUGGCAAAUGGAAUGACAAUGUCUGUACUAAAUCUCAGUCAAUAAUUUGUGAAUUUUAAGCUUUCUUUCUGAAUGUUUCUACAUCUAUUAAGGCAGGAUUUACAAAUCUGCUACACAAAUGACCAUGAAUCUCCUAGUGAUGUUCGCAUAUAACUCAGUCUUAUGGACAAGAUCCCUUGUACAGUGAGAGUCAAGAAAAACCCCUAUAUAUAAAAAUGUCUGCUAAUUGUAUUGGUCGAAGUGCUGAACAUGUGCUGGCCCAUAUCACAGAACUCAUUUCCACAUGGAUCACUUCAGAGGGUACUUGUACAAUUAGAGAACAUGUGUGUAAUGCAAUUAGUACUGCUAUCAUGAAAAAUUGAGUCCAUUAAUAUACAAAUGCUCCAUUUUUACUUAAAUGCUUCACCACCAGUGUUGUAAAUAUAGAUUAUCUGUAUGUAUACAUAAUAAAUUUCCCACUUUAAUAUGAUAA